AUGAAUCAAGGAGAAAAAAUUCAUCAAUUCAAUGUAUUAUAUAAGGAAUAUGAAUCUGUAGUUGAUGACCUCAAAACCGCUCUCUUAGAAUUUCUACCUGAACUCCAACAAGAAUUAGACCUGAACUUCACCCAAGUCGAGUACAUUAGACAAUAUCUCAAUGACAGAGGUACUCUUUUUCGUUUUCUCAGGAGGGCUGGCUUCGAUUUUGAUAGCUCCUUUAAGGAACUCAUAGCUGAUCUUCGGUGGCGAAUUGAAAAUCAGGUUGACACACUUUCAAUCCAAGAUGUGCAUCUAUCUCUCAUAGAGAGAGGUCUGUUCUUUAUUCACAAAACGGACAAGUUCAACCGACCUUGCGCUAUAAUUAAUCUUCGAGAAUAUUUUCACGAGAAUGGAUCACCGACCAUCGAAGAAAUUAAAAAAUUCAUCAUCUUCGUUGCCGAAGUUGCUAGAAGGUUGCUGUGGGAUAGAAACAAAAAAUCAGGAGACGAACCAGUAUUGCAAUACGUCAUUUUGUUAGAUUUGAAAGGAGCUGGCGUUACCACCUUGGAUCUCGAAUUAGGACCUUUUGCCGUCGACAUCAUGCGGCAUCAUUUUCCCGGUUCGGUGGGCGCCAAACAUGGUGGAUCUGAUGAUUACGAGUAUGAUCUGGAAACAUGCGAGGCAUUUCAGCGUUAUGGAAAUCCAUUUCCGAUACUGCUUAUUCCGACUCCAUUGAGCCGGGUAACUUCAUUCGACUCUCUGCACGACGUAUUCUUCUCCGCCCACACCACACCAUACAACAGUAGACCAUCCACUCCGUUCUUCAGUCGAACCGCAACUCCCGUUUCGACACCUUAUCCAAGUCGACCUGCUUCUCCGGGGUUAGAUCACGCGUUUGUCCCUAAUUGGUUGAAGAUGACUCCACGUAAUCCGUCAACACAGAAUGAGACUAGAUCGAACCUUGUUUCACCGAAACCUGUUCGAUCAGAUUCACGUCAUCUUUUCAACCCGCAAUUUCAAUUUACGACGAUCAACCCUGAAGGGCCCGCAUUCACGUCGCAUAACAAUUAUUCUCAUCAUGACGUUGAUUCGACAACUCGAACAUCGCAUGUUUUAGAAUCCUCGAAUCACCACGUCCACUUUGAUGAAAAGGCACUUCAACACAUUAAUUCGCCAUCACCCAAGGAGUGUAAUUAUCAACGAGCAAUAUCGAAGGGACGUAAACCACCGAGCCUUUAUCGUUUCCUGAGAGUUUAUACAAAAUUGACACUUUAUUCAAAACGAUUAUUACGACGAUUCAUCGCUCGGAAAAUAUCGGGUGUUCUAUCUUACCUGAUAAUGGUGGUUAUACUUCGUGGUGGAUUGAUUAAUGAAUUUUGGAAGUUUAUGAUGCAGCAAGUCACCAUGAAAUUUGGAUGGAUUUCAACUAAACCCUUCAAUGAUCAAAAACCUGGCACCAGUGGUCUAAGGAAGCGUGUCAAAGUCUUCCAGCAGGAAAAUUACACGCUGAAUUUUAUUCAGGCCACCCUGAACGCCAUGCCCGCCCCAGGUGCAAAAGGUUCCACCUUGGUCGUUGGAGGAGAUGGAAGGUAUUACUCUAAAGAGGCGGUGAACAUAAUUAUUCGUGUUGCAGCCGGUAACCAACUGCUUCAAACAUCAUCCGCAAGCGUAAAGCCAAUGGCGGGAUUCUCCUCACCGCUUCUCAUAACCCAGGAGGUCGGGCCGGAUCACGAUUUCGGUAUCAAAUUCAAUGUGAGCAACGGAGGUCCUGCACCUGAAAGCGUCACUAAUCUAAUUUAUGAACAUUCCAAAAAGAUUGAACAAGUUUUCGCCUGUGAAGUACCUGAGAUCGAUCUGUCCACAAUUGGAACUCAAACGUUUGGUGACUUCACGGUAGAAAUCGUGGAUUCUGUGCAUGAUUAUGUCAUUUUGUUAAAGGAAAUUUUUGACUUUGAAUUGAUCAGAGGUUUCCUUGUAAAAAAUCCCGAUUUUAAAUUACUUUUCGACGGUCUACACGGAGUAACGGGACCUUAUGCUGAACGUAUUUUCAUCGAGGAACUUGGCCUCCCGCGAUCCACGAUCCAAAAUUAUGUGCCACUGCCAGAUUUUGGCGGCGGACAUCCCGACCCCAAUCUCACCUAUGCAAAUAGUCUUGUUGAACGCGUUGAAAGAGAGAAUAUUAAUUUUGGCGCCGCGUCUGAUGGUGACGGUGACCGUAACAUGAUUUAUGGUAAAGGUGCUUUUGUCACGCCGUCGGAUUCGGUAGCAGUAAUCGCAGCGCACGCAGAGGUGAUCCCAUAUUUUCAGAAGACUGGUGUUAAGGGUUUGGCACGCAGUAUGCCGACGAGCGCGGCAAUCGAUUUGGUAGCUAAAAAGAAGGGUCUUGAGAUAUUUGAGGUUCCCACCGGAUGGAAGUUCUUUGGUAAUCUUAUGGAUGCCGGUAGAUUGUCAAUUUGUGGCGAAGAAAGUUUUGGAACUGGGUCCGAUCAUAUCCGCGAAAAGGAUGGUAUAUGGGCUGUUGCCGCAUGGCUUAACAUUAUCGCCGCGACGAACGAAAAGAAACCGGGUACAGGUAUUAAGGAAAUCCUUCUUGAACAUUAUCAAACUUACGGACGCAACUUUUUUUCAAGGUAUGACUAUGAAGAAGUUAAUGGUGAAGAUGCAAACAAGAUGAUUGCACAUCUCCGCCAUCUGGUUGACUCGGGCAAGGAUAGGUUCGUUGGGAAAACCUUUGGUCAAUUCACAGUUUCUAGUGCCGAUGAUUUCGAAUAUCGUGAUCCAAUCGACAACAGCGUGUCCAAGAAUCAGGGCAUUCGUAUAAUCUUUACGGACGGUUCAAGAAUUGUUGUUCGCCUUAGUGGGACCGGAAGUCAAGGGGCCACAAUUCGUUUGUAUAUGGAAAAAUAUUCACGGAAUGCAUCUGAAUAUGAAUCGGACACUCAGGAAGCCUUGAAACCAUUGAUUGAUGUCGCAUUAGAAAUAUCGGAGCUUCGGAAAUUCACGGGAAGGGAAAAGCCGACAGUUAUCACAUAA